GGCGGCGAGCGCGGCGGCCGGAGGAAGCCGGGAGGGGGAGGGAAAGAAAGGCCGAGACGGAGGAGCGAGCGGCGGCCGAGGGGCUGGUCCAGGCGCGGCCGCUAAGAGGAGACCAAGAGGCGGGGGCUGCACUUGACAACCAGCAUGCGGAGAUGUCAGAAGAGGCAGAAGUGGAUGUGAGAGAAAGAGAGACACAGAGAGACAGAGAGCCAAAGAGGGCAAGAGACUUGACUUUAAGAGACUCCUGUACUGACAACUCCAUGCAGUUCGGAACCAGAACGACUGCGGCUGAACCAGGGUUCAUGGGGACAUGGCAAAACGCUGAUACUAACCUUUUAUUCAGAAUGUCCCAACAGGUUCCAGUGGCAUGUGCUGGCAGAGUGCUGGGUGCAGACUUCUGCCCAAACCUGGAGGAGCCAGACCAGAGGCUGGAAGUCCAGGCCAUCCGUUGCACACUGGUAAACUGCACGUGCGAAUGUUUUCAGCCGGGGAAGAUUAACCUGCGGACUUGCGACCAGUGCAAACAUGGCUGGGUGGCACAUGCCUUGGAUAAGCUCAGCACCCAGCACCUGUACCACCCCACGCAAGUGGAGAUUGUGCAGUCCAACGUGGUGUUUGACAUCAGCAGCCUGAUGCUCUACGGGACACAAGCGGUGCCCGUGCGGCUAAAGAUCCUGCUGGACCGGCUCUUCAGUGUCCUGAAGCAGGAGGAGGUGCUACACAUCCUGCACGGCCUGGGCUGGACGCUACGGGACUACGUUCGGGGGUACAUCCUUCAGGAUGCUGCUGGCAAGGUGCUGGACCGCUGGGCCAUCAUGUCUCGAGAAGAGGAAAUCAUCACCCUUCAGCAGUUUCUGCGGUUUGGAGAAACCAAAUCCAUUGUAGAGCUGAUGGCAAUUCAGGAGAAAGAAGGGCAGGCUGUGGCCGUUCCGUCUUCAAAGACAGACUCAGACAUUAGGACUUUCAUUGAGAGCAAUAAUCGCACCAGGAGUCCCAGCCUCCUUGCUCACCUAGAGAACAGCAACCCUUCCAGCAUUCAUCACUUCGAAAACAUCCCCAACAGCCUUGCAUUUCUGCUUCCAUUCCAGUACAUAAACCCAGUCUCGGCCCCACUGCUAGGAUUGCCUCCCAACGGGCUCCUGUUAGAGCAACCAGGACUGAGGCUGCGGGAACCCAGCCUUUCAACUCAGAAUGAGUAUAAUGAGAGCAGCGAGUCUGAAGUAUCUCCCACACCUUAUAAGAACGAUCAGACUCCCAAUAGAAACGCCCUGACCAGCAUUACUAACGUGGAGCCCAAAACCGAGCCAACCUGCGUGUCCCCCAUUCAGAAUUCUGCCCCGGUCAGUGACCUGACCAAAACGGAACACCCAAAAAGCUCAUUCCGGAUCCACCGGAUGAGAAGGAUGGGGUCAGCCUCUAGGAAAGGAAGAGUGUUCUGUAACGCAUGUGGGAAGACAUUCUAUGAUAAAGGUACUCUCAAAAUUCAUUAUAAUGCUGUUCACCUGAAGAUCAAACAUCGAUGCACCAUUGAAGGCUGCAACAUGGUCUUUAGCUCCCUCCGAAGCCGCAAUCGUCACAGUGCAAACCCUAACCCUCGCCUCCACAUGCCUAUGCUAAGGAAUAACCGAGACAAAGAUUUAAUCCGGGCCACAUCAGGAGCUGCCACCCCCGUCAUAGCGAGUACAAAAUCAAAUCUCACACUCACCAGCCCCGGCCGGCCCCCGAUGGGUUUUACCACUCCCCCACUAGACCCCGUCUUACAGAACCCUCUCCCCAGCCAGCUGGUGUUUUCCGGGCUAAAGACUGUCCAACCAGUUCCUCCAUUUUAUAGAAGUUUACUCACUCCAGGAGAAAUGGUGAGUCCUCCCACAUCCCUCCCGACCAGUCCCCUCAUUCCAACCAGUGGUACCAUAGAGCAGCACCCCGUGCCACCCUCUGAGCCAGCAGCGCCAGUAGUGAUGAUGGCCACUCAUGAGCCCAGUGCCGACCUGGCCCCCAAGAAGAAGCCCAGGAAGUCCAGCAUGCCUGUGAAGAUCGAGAAGGAAAUCAUCGAUACCGCCGAUGAGUUUGACGAUGAAGACGAUGACCCCAAUGACCCUGGAGCUGUGGUCAAUGACGUGAGCCAUGACAAUCAUUGCCACUCCCAAGAGGAGAUGAGUCCAGGCAUGUCUGUGCAGGACUUUUCUAAGCACAGCAGGUCCCGGUGCAUUUCAAGGACUGAAAUCAGAAGGGCUGACAGCAUGACUUCUGAGGAUCAAGAACCUGAGCGGGACUAUGAGAACGAGUCCGAGUCUUCAGAGCCCAAACUAGGUGAGGAAUCCAUGGAAGGGGAUGAGCACAUGCACAGCGAAGUGAGCGAAAAGGUCCUGAUGAGCAGUGAGAGGCCCGACGAGAACCACAGUGAGCCCUCUCACCAGGACAUCAUCAAGGUGAAGGAAGAAUUUGCAGAUCCCACUUAUGACAUGUUUUACAUGAGCCAGUACGGACUAUACAAUGGUGGGGGAGCCAGCAUGGCGGCCCUGCACGAAAGUUUUGCCUCCUCUCUGAAUUACGGCAGCCCUCAGAAGUUCUCCCCAGAAGGUGACCUGUGUUCCAGCCCAGACCCCAAAAUCUGUUACGUGUGCAAGAAGAGUUUCAAAAGCUCCUACAGCGUGAAGCUUCACUACAGGAACGUUCACUUAAAAGAGAUGCAUGUCUGCACGGUGGCUGGCUGCAACGCUGCCUUCCCCUCUCGCCGGAGCAGAGACAGAAACAGAAAUUUACGGAUGGAAAGAACCAUAGGUCCAGGACAUCGAGACAGCCUGCAUCUCCGUAGACACAGUGCCAACAUAAAUCUGCAUCGGAAACUGUUGACCAAAGAACUCGAUGACAUGGGCCUGGACUCCUCGCAGCCCUCCCUUAGCAAGGACCUCCGGGACGAAUUUUUGAUGAAGAUCUAUGGAGCCCAGCACCCGCUGGGCCUGGACGUCAGGGAAGAGGCCUCCUCCCCCGCGGGCACCGAGGACUCGCACCUGAACGGGUACGGGCGCGGCAUGGCGGAGGACUACAUGGUCCUGGACCUCAGCACCACCUCCAGCCUGCAGUCCAGCAGCAGCAUCCACUCCUCCCGAGAGUCCGACGCGGGCAGCGACGAGGGCAUCCUUCUCGACGACAUCGACGGGGCGAGUGACAGUGGGGAGUCCGCUCACAAGGCCGAGGCCCCCGCCCUCCCUGGCGGCCUCGGGGCUGAAGUGUCGGGAUCUCUGAUGUUCAACAGCUUGUCCGGGAGCAAUGGUGGGAUUAUGUGCAACAUUUGCCACAAAAUGUACAGCAACAAGGGGACCCUGAGGGUGCACUACAAGACGGUGCAUUUGCGGGAAAUGCACAAGUGCAAAGUCCCCGGUUGCAACAUGAUGUUUUCCUCUGUGCGAAGCCGAAAUCGGCACAGUCAGAACCCUAAUCUCCACAAAAACAUUCCCUUCGUGUCAGUAGAUUAGUCUCAGAACGGACACUACCAAUGCCAGCUCUCACCAGACGGCCUACAUAUUUGAACUGCCAUAGUCAGUGUGUGCUUGUGUACUUGUGUGCGUGUGCGUGUGUGUGUACGUGUACACACGUAUGCCUCUGCGUCUACAUACACACACACACACAUUUUCUUUUCUUUAGAUAUAAAAUGAUAAACACUAAGUGCUUUGGAAUUUUUUUUCCUUUAUAGUUUUGGAAAAGGGGUGGGACCUUUCAUUUGGGAGUGAAAACUAAGUACCCUUUAAAAACACAUACACACACACAUAAAGCGUGCAAGUAGCCCAAAUUUUGACAGAAUGGUAAUUCUUGGUCCUCUCCAAAGAGACAGUUUGUUGUACCCAUGACUGUUGCCUGCAAAAAAAAAAAAAAGAAAUAAAGAAAAGGGAUAAAAAAAAAAGAAAAAUGAAACAAGGAACUUCUUAAUAGCUGUCUUUUGUGAACUUUAAAGUUUUGAGAGAAUCUUCAACUACAGCAUGGCAGAUUCACCUGUAAAUAUAUAGCCUUGAGAGGCUAAUGAUGUAAAACAAUUGUAUUGAUGUUGUUUAUCUCUUUUGUUUAACUUUUACAGUUACAUCCAGCUGUUAGAUAUGCAGGAAAAAAAAUAGUUUGCUGGCUAGCUCUACUCAUUUAUGUUAGCAUUAAUGCACAUUUUUUUAAAAAAAACAAACAAAAAACAUGGUCUUGUUUUUACUACCUGCUAGAUAUAGUGAUAAAGAGGUGCUGGCAUGCUUUACAGCACAGAUCUGAUUUUUUAAACGUCCUGUACUAGUACAUAAAUCCCGUCAUGCACUUUUUUUCAUACACUACAAGGGGAUGUGUAAUAUCCAUGCUUCUUUUUUACCCUUAAACUAUUGCCAUACUUUAAAUAAGUGUCUUUUUUUAACAACAACAACAAAAAUUCACUUGCAUAAAAAUGGUCUGGUCAGUAUAGGGCACAAAUGCCAAACAAAAGUAUUAAUGUUAACACAAAACUGCCAACUUUGCACAAGUUUCCAGAAAAGAAAAUACAAUUAGUCACUCAACAUAACCACAGGCCAAUUUGUCGGCCACCAGAAAACCGCUUUAAAAAAAAGAAACACUUGGUGAUUCUUUCAAGUGCCGAAUGUUAUUAGAAUCAACAUUGCAUCCUUCUUGCUUAUAUGUUAAGUAACAUAAAAGGAAAACAAAAUUAUGUGGUGUGAAACAGCCACGGCGUUUAUUCUUUAGAGGCAGGAUAAUAUUUCAGGACACAAAAGCCCAAAUUACUCACUAUGGAACAAAGCUGCAUACAGUAAGAGAGUUGGGCACACAUUUCCAAGGACCUAACCCGUAUCCUUUAAAAAGACAGAGAAAGUCUGAGCUGGGCGGGGCUGUUGUAUGGCUGGCUGAUUUGUUGCAAGUCCUGCAGUAGUGCUGUGAUUCAGGCCCCUUUGAUACACAAAAUCAAAAGGCAUUGAACAGCAGCCGCACUUGGAAGCUUUUAAAACAUGUGCUGACCUUGAAUUGAGCAACACUCCCUUCUGAAAAGCCAGAGGACGGGGGUUUAACACAGGAUCUCUCACUGGUUAGUGUUUUGUGUUUCCCUGCGCGAUUUGUCGGAGAGAAAUGAAAACAAGCCUAAGACCAAGCAAUCGAGAGUGAGAAAGGGGGGGGGGGGGUGGAGGGGAGAGGAUUCUCCAAACCUGUUUUGUUUUGUUUUGUUUCUGAUGUUUACACAUGUUGCCUGAGCUGGUUAACCACAUCGGCAGCCUCAGCUACCACAACAUACUGACUAAAUGAUGAUAUUUACUCUAGUUCAGGCUGCAGCCAAAACCAUUAGGGUGUGCAUUGCAGACUGUUUUGUUGUCUUUUUUUUUUUUCUUAAGUGAAGGGGGGGAAAGAUAAACAAGGAAUAGUUUGUCAAACAGUACACAGUAAUUUCAAGAGAAUGUAUUUCUUUUCUGCAUUUAAUGGCCUCAAACAUUUCUCGUCAAUCUAAAUGUUAGAAAUACCUACCCCCUUUGUUUUAGCUUUUCAUUUCAUUUCCAUUUUUCAUAUGUUUUGUAAUUAUUUUUUUCUAUGUUCACAUCAGCAUUCACUUCCGUUAAAUUUGCCAAAGGAAACUAUUGAUAUGUUCUGUUGUUCUUAUUCCUAUAGGACGUAUUGUACCUCACAGUAUUUAUUGUUUCCAAAAAAUAAGCAUCAUUAGUUGUGGAUUCAGUAUUUUUAUUUGUGAAAAGUGCAGAAACAAUAGAUUCUUAGAGAUAAGCUAGAUGUGUCUUGGAGCUUUAUCUUUUCAUCUCCUUCAGAGGAUGCUAUGGGGUUCAUUUAAUUCUUCAUUUGUUCCACGGUGAGGAAAGACCAAAAGUACUUGCAGUACAAAAGAAACCUUACUAAACACUAUGUCUCUUAAAUGACAAAUGUUUACGGUAAAAAAGCUGAGGAAUUAGUAAUAACUGUUGUUGUUUUCUUGUACCUUUGGAUUCCCCAAAGUCCUAAUGGCUUUAUUUUGAUGUUGUGUUAAAUGGAAUAGACAGAGAUGUUUCCUUUUGUUUUAUACCAUAUUAGACUCUGUACAGUAUGUUUGUGAAAGAUUGAACUAGAAUAAUGAAAGUUUGUUUGCAAACAUGUUGGUCCUCUUAGCGUUCUCUGUGUUGCGCUGUUGACCCAUUACCAAGUGAUUCCGUUCAAAAGGGUGCGGGAAAUGUUUUUAGCAUCCCAACAGGAGAUCACAGAAACAACUAGCUUUUUUGGAGUGUGUGGAGACAGAAUUGUACCCAGUUUUAUUAAAAUAACACAUUUUUACUUUUUUUAAAGGUACACUCUUGGUUAAGCUGUUGGAACUCAUCCUGUACAGAAUUAAUGUUUAGCCUGUUUAAUUUAAUGUCACCUGAAAGGUCAGGUAGCCCUAGUGAGUGACUUACCUAGCUUUCAGCAGGUCACAUCAGCAAAUGAACCAGGCUUAGAACUAAUGUGUGUUACUUGCCACAAUCGGGCUAAGGUGGAUAGCCAGUUAGAACAAGUCUAGAUGCGACGAGAUUCCCAAAGUAGAAAUUCCCUUGUUCUGAAACAUGGAAGUGCUCAGCGGCAUUUUGUCAGAGAAAUGGCAGUGAGUCCUGGACAGCUCACCCUACUUAAAUAUCUUCCCAAAUUGCUACUUCUUUUGUGCUUCAAAUGCCCAGAUUGGAAUGGUGGCCUUCUACAUGGGUGAAUAACAUUUUCCAACACAAAGCCGAUUUGCCUAAAAGGGACAGGGGGAGUGGAUCAUGAAACGUACAAUGCUUUUAGUCCCAACGUAUUGCUGGUGCCUGUGUGCAAUGUUUUACCUUACCUACCACUCUAGUUAAGAGGUGAUCCCACGGCUUAUUUGCAAACAGGAAGGAUAGAGAGAUCAGCAUGUUAAUCAUGGAGCCCUUCAUCUUUGCCCAUCCCUACUCAUUUGCUUUUCACAGGAGAUUCCUAUUGUGCAAUGUUUUCUCUCUAGCUGCAUCCAUUCUGUGCUGGCUGAAAAUGAAUAGUGACGCUGGUUUUCAUCUAAGCGGCUUUUUCCCAUUGGAUUGGUUUUAACCAGACUUUUGUUACAGGUACAAAAUUAGGAAGUAUUAUGAAUGUGCAUGUUCAGUAGACGAUGUUGAAAUUACUGUUCUGAUCAUUUUAAACUAUGCUUUUGUAAAUAUCAGAAAAGCUUCUGCUUUAGGGAAUAUCUGCAUGCUAUGGAGGGGGAUGACAAAGAGCAGGAGAAGGGAUAGGUAAUAGGUAAUUUGGUUUUUAAAAUGUGAUAAAAAGCUUGACACUCUUUGUUCUGCCAUUAAUUGUAUUGAAAUAAUUCAACCCAAUGUAACACAUUUCCGGUCAUAGUCCAGCCACCCCGUUCAUCCUGUCACCUUCUAAAGGUUUACAGGUGUUAAUAUUUUCCUUCUGGAGAUGAUAAACAUCUGUUUUUGAAAACGUCUUUAACACAAGGGUGCCACUGUCUUUGUAGUAUAUGAUUCCUUUGGUUGUGAACUUCCAGGCCCUUUCAGUAAGAGGCAAAUGGCACUUAACUGGUUAACAGCCCUGUUAGUGUAUACAUUGCUCUUAAAAAAAAAAAAAAAAAAAAAAAAAGCAGGCUUUGACUAUACCAUGAAUGGGCUGUUCCAGAGGCAUUCUCCUCAUUUUACUCAGGAGAAACCAUGCAUUAGGUUCUCACCAAAUAAAACAAAUGUGACCUUUUGUUCCCCAUCCUCUGUACACACCCCAGGUGUGUGCCAAGCCAAUGAGAAGGGGAGCCCUUGGCAAUUAGAACAUAAAGAAGCCGGUAACCAGAUUGAGGUGGACGUGCUGCUAACUGCUAGCAGUUGACCUGAGCAGUCCUAACUUGUACUUGGACUGUUAGUGUUGAGUUAGAUUGACUAACAGAGUAAAUAGAAUUCAACUGUAAUAAGAGACGCUACAUCUACUCUCCUAAAGAAACAAAUCACCCAGAAAAACCUUGCCUUCUUUCUAUCAACAUGCUCCCUUUCUCAAGAACUUCUUUUUUAAAAAUUCUGACUAACAAAUUUCAUUUUUUUUUAAUACAUAUUCCCUCAAACUCAGAAUAUUUAUUAAAGGAUUUUGGUUUUUUCUUUUCAAUUCUUUGUGUUAUUUUGUUGUGGUUUUUUUUUUUAAUGGGAAGGGUCUCCACAGGUAAGGAGGGCAAGAAAAGGCAGGUGCCACAAAGACUGGAGGGAACCCCAGCUGUUCCAGAGGCCCAGUGAGUGAGGCACACUAAGUAGAGGAGGCGCCCACCCUGUUUGGGGGUAGCUAGAAAAGAAAUAGUAAAUGCACUGAAAGCGUGUGUUCCAGGCUGGUGCAAUUCUGCCGGGCAGUGGAUGGGGUCGUGCUGAUGCUGUGCCCUGCCUGUACCAGGUGAGGAAGGAGGAGAGCAAGGACAGCUAUGUGGAACAGCUCAAGGUCCUGAGGGCCAGGAGGGCCAAGGAGGCAGUCAUGCUGGUUUUUUCUGACUCUUUGGAGUGUGAAGUGAUGCUGGAGUCCCUUAGGAAGCAAAAGGAUGCUAUGGGUCCACCUAGGUUAUAGUAACGGCCGGUGGUCAAGCCUCGCCCUGACUGUGAUGAGUAGAAGUGAGGGGUAGCCAGCUGAGUCUGUCCUCCAUCACUGCUUUUGCUCGCCCCCGUAGCUAUGAUUGGAAUGCUACUUGGUUAUAAAGUUCUCUUGAUCAAAAUGUGAGCUCAUUUACCUUCCUGCAAAACAUCCAGCUAACUUCUCUGUUUUCACGUCAUCUGGCAACGCUAAACCACGUGUUGUAGUCUUACUUGUGCUAGUAUUCAGGCCACAUCUGAUCCGUCCCAGAAUCAUUUUCCUAUUUCCUGUAGUUGGAGAGUGGCCCACCAUCAAUGCUCAUUUCCCAUUAGAAUUACGUAAAUCCAACUAGAAGUGAGCGGUGCGUUAAUGUAUCAUCACUCUUGCCCAGACACCCAUCCAUCCCGGGCCCUGUCAUCCGUAUUCUCACAUCUUGCACAGAAUGAUGUGGUCAUUCGGCAGUAGCUGGACAUCAGUACUGUCUUUUUGGCAUUCAUUGAAAAAUCCAAAUGCCUAGUAACAGGGAGUUAAAAACGAGGCAUUUUUACAAGUACACUGAAUUGGAUCAGCGUUAUUGUUCAUUAUAAUGCUAUAUAUUUUUUGAAGCAACGUACUAUAGUUGUCAUAAAACUAUCUUUAUUCUUCUUCUCUAAAGCAUUGCUGUAAAUUCAUUUGACCUUUACUGCAAAAAAAAAAAAAAA